AUGCGUCUCAAACGACUCGCAAGACUCGGCACCGCUGCCAACACCCCUCAGCCACAGCAACAGGAAGAGCCUCAGGCAGAGUCCUCUACUCCCCCUCCCGCCCAUCCUCCUGCCUCAGCCUCUUCUAGGCUUCUUGCGAAUCUUCCCCCGGCAUCUUCCUCCACUUCCCCCUCUGAGACCCCUAAACCGACAGCGCCAUCUCCAAAGCCGCCCGCGAAGCCUUUCCUGGCGCAGCCAAAGCCCAACCCCUCACCGUCAACGCUCUCUUUAAAGAGGCCCUCAAAUGCUUCCACUUCCAGGCCCGAGCCGGUGGGACCGAGAGUCGUCUCGACAAAGCCGCUCCAGCCUCUCAUCAAGGCUGACUACAAGACGUGGGAGACGGUCAAGAUCGGGCAAGUGUUCGCUGUGACCUUGAGCAGAUCAAAGGCCCAGGAUAGCGAUUGGUCGAUCUGCUGGUUGAAGGAUCUCGAGGAGGAGCUGAAGGAAGAGAACUAUCCCCAACCACUUGCAACCACACCCGACCUGAUCGAUCGGCUGCUCAUUGCUCGUCUCUCUCUCGACCCGGCUGUCAUGGCCAAAUCGGACGACUCGGACAAGCUCACCAUUCUGGCCGGUCUUCCGCAAAGUGAGACUGUAUUCGAGUAUCUUGCAGGGUGCUGGAAGCGGAUCUACAUUGCAAACAAGGACGCGCAAAAGUAUUCCUUCACUGAGGAGGAGAAGGGGCAGUGGAAGCAGGUCAUGGAAAAGAUUAAGGCGCUGGUCGUUUCAUACUGCGGCAUGACCCUGGAGGAUCCAACGAUGUUCCCGCAACCCGAGGGCAAACCCACUGGACCUGCCGAAUUUCUCCCUCUUCUCCUUUCCAUUCACCAGCCCAUCGCUGGCGACCACCUCACUUCUGCUCCCACCCCUCCUCCCACCGUCUCCGGCCCUCUACAACCCGCAGACCUUCUCCCCUUUCUCCAAGACCUCGCCGCAGGCUUCACCCCCGACACUCUCUCGGACGUCAUCUCUCCCACUCUUUCUCUCUUUUUCCAACAAUGGUUCAGCAUCUCGCCCACACCAGAUAUCCUUGGGUCAGAGUGGCGCAGGUAUCUGGGGGCGAUGAACGCGUUGGUCCAGGUCAAGGCCGUUGCGGGGCUGCUGCCAUCUCUUCCGAUAUGGGUAGCACCAAAUGUGGUGGCGCCAAAGCUGGAAUGGCAGUCCCUCUUGGGACCGUUGACCAGACUCAGCGUCUUCCCUAGAGAAUUCACUUCCAUCUUUAACGUUUACAAUUCCAUCGUCCGCGCCUCCCCUGAAGCCCGUGAAUCCAUCCUCGACUUUUUCGCCCUCACUCUCCGCCUCAACUCGCGCCGUGCGGGUAUGCGCGUCGAUCCCCGUCUUGUCUCUACCGACGGGUACAUGACAAACUUGCAGGUGGUCUUGCUGAAACUGUUUGAGCCUGUUAUGGACGCGAGGUUUUCAAAGAUUGACAAGGUUGAUGCGGCGUACUUCAAGUUUUCAAAGAGGAUUGACAUUUCCGAGGAGACAAAAGUUAGAGCGACGAAGGAAGAAGCGGAUGGGUACUUUGGGGAAGCUAUGGAAGUUGACGCUAAACCCAACUUCAUCUCCGACCUGUUCUUCCUUCUCAACGCCUUCCUCCACCUCGGACUCGUCAAGACCAUCUCUACGCGCGGUCGCGCCGAAAAGAACUUGUCGGAGAUUGAAAAGGAGCUCAAGCGUACCGAAGCGUCCCGUGGUGACUGGGAGGGCAAUCCCGCUUUGACAGCACAGGGCGAAGCGGCGAUCAAGAAGCUCAAGGGCGACUUGGCGGUUCUGCAUGCGUCGAUCCAUGCUUACGACACUCAGCUCCUGGACAACAACUUGAUCAGGCCUACGGUGUCAUUCCUCGGAUUCUUGAUGACUUGGCUUGUACGCCUGGUCGACCCUGACCAUGCUUUCCCUGCCAAACCAGUGUCGCUGCCUUUGCCGAAAGAGGCGCCCAUGGCGUUUAGGAUGCUCCCCGAGUAUCUCUUUGAGAAUGUCGCCGACUAUUUCGAAUUCUUGGCUAGAUAUGAGCCAGAGGCGUUGGAUGAUGUGGACAAGGACAUUUUCAUCACAUUCUCUAUUGUGUUCCUCACCCCCGACUAUGUCAACAACCCCUUCAUGAAGGCCAAGUUGGUCACGAUCUUGUCAUAUGGUCUCUACCCUGCCGGCUACUGGCGCCAAGGCCCUCUUUUCGACAGGCUUAGUGUCUUGGGUGUCUCGACCGAGCACUUGAUGCCCACGCUUAUCAGAUUCUACAUUGAUGUCGAGGCCACAGGUGGCCACACACAGUUCUGGGACAAAUUCAACUACCGACGUGACAUGGGACACAUCUUCAAAGCUCUUUGGGGUAACCCUCUCCACCGAGAAGCCUUCAUCAAUGACGACUUUGACCAAUUCAUUCGUUUCGUCAACAUGCUCAUGAACGACACCACUUUCCACCUCGAUGAAUCCCUGACUGGUCUCACCAAGAUCGGCACUAUCGAAGCCCAACGGGCCAACACUGCCGCCUGGGCUGCGAUGGACCAGGCCGAACGGCAGGAUCUGGAGGGCGAGCUCAAUCAGGCGGAGGGCUCUGUGCCUUGGCAUACGCAGAUGGGAUUGGAUAAUGUCAAGCUGAUCAAGGACUUCACGGCGACGACGAUGGAGCCGUUUGUAGCAGCGGAAAUUGUGGAUCGUUUGGCGGCUUCGCUGGAUGAGAACCUGAUGACUCUUGUCGGUCCCAAGAUGACCGAUCUCAAGGUCACCAACCCCGACAAAUACAAAUUCAAGCCCAAAGACCUCCUCGCCGCCAUCGCCCAGAUUUACCUCAACCUCGCGUCCGCACCCGAGUUUAUCCGCGCUGUUGCCAACGACGGACGAGCGUAUUCGAAAAAACUUUUCGAAAAGUUUGCGAGGACGCUGAAGAACAGGGCGAUCAUGACGGAGAUUGAGGUGGCGGAAGUAGUCAGCUUCACCCAGAAGGUGGAAGAUAUGAAAGCGACGAUUGAUAUGGAGGACGAGAGGGAGAUUCCGGACGAGUUCUUGGAUCCGCUGCUGUCGACUUUAAUGAAAGACCCCGUCAUCUUGCCCGUGUCCCGAAUCAGCAUCGACAGAGGCACCAUUCGUACUGUCUUGCUCUCCAAGGAGGCUGAUCCCUUCAACAAUGUCCCGCUCAAGUUUGAGGAAUGUCUCCCCGACAUUGAAUUGAAGGCCAGGAUCGAUGCUUGGGUGGCGGAGGGCAGCACGAAGCAAGCAGACUCUGUGAUGGAUGUGGACCAGCUAUGA